CUCUGCAAAAAACUUCUCUCUCUCUCCAUAAACCAAAUCACACACACUUACAUCAUAAAUCCUCUGUACAUAAUAACCCUAGAAGAAAAAGAAAAUAUGAAGAUGGGUUUGAUCAGCAAAGAAGAGAUUAGCAAAACUAGAAGAUACUCAUCUUCUCUUUGGAGAGGAAUCAAAACGAUCUUUGUUCUCUUCACUAUGUUUUUAUCUUUCAUCAUCUUCUCUGCUCCGAUCUUUCUCGCUGUCGCCGACGCUGUCCUCCCCUCCGCAAUCCUCUCCUCAUCCUCCCUCAACCGCCUUCCUCCUUCUAGUUUCCCGGCGACGAUUUAUUCUUAUCUCAGCAACUACGAUUUCAGAUACUCUCUCAUCGAUAUACCCCUCAUCUCCAUCAUUAGAUCUGCCAUUAUACUUUGCGUAUACGGGCUUUGUGACGGACCGAAGCUGUCGAGAGGACCAUAUUUGACAAUAACGAUGAUUUGCUCGAUAUCUUCGUUGGUCUACGUAUCGUUCAAGGCAGCGAUUGUGUUCGGGGAGCCUGUGAUCGGUGGAUAUUUCCGAACAGAGGAGAUGACCCUUUUCGUAUGUUCUUGGGUCUUAGCCAUCGGUCACAUCGUUGUAGCGUACCGAACAAGUUGUAGAGAGAGACGAAAACUCCUAGUCUUCAAAAUCGACAUCGAAUCUGUUUCAGCUUGUAAAAAUGUGUUUCCCAGAUACCAAAAAAUCCUUCAACAAGAGAGACUCAAAUAGCUGCUAGCAAUAUUCGAAGUCCAUCGUCGUCACUUGUCCAUAUAAAAUAUACUUGCCAUACAGGCUACAUGUAUAUAAAUUAUUAUACGUAUCAAUGCAACAUCUACUGGGUUUUGGUCUUCUUUCCAUGUUUUCAGAAAGGUCCAAAGGAUAAAUCUGUAAAGGAGGAAGGAACAGAUAACGAAUGGGGCUUAAAUAUAUAACCCUAUUGCUUUUCCAUGUGAGACUACAAAAGACAACUCCAAUGAAUUGGCAGUUGUUACUAUAUUAUAGAUUUUAAAUUAGGUAUAGACACACACACAAAGAACAUCAUAUUAGUUCUUAUAAAUGAUCCACCGUUACACUUUUGUCCUUUUUGUUUGUUUGUAUAAACUAUAUUUUCGUCGAUGAGAUAAGAAGCCGAAGGCAUCUUUCUUCAGUUUCGCUCUAUUUUUCUUUAUACUUUAGAGAAAGAAAAAGAAAAAGAAAAAUAUGAACC